GAGCAGGUGGCUGGCUAUCAGGCCGGGUGUUAUUAUGGUCUGGCAAGAACAUUCCAGGGAGUCCUGCACACUGACGCUGGCCGGCUUUGUGGACGCUCGUCUUCAUCACGCUGGCCACCAACAUCCACGUUUUAGUUUCCCAUGAGCCUCGGUGGAUGCUCCUGCCAGUGAGCGAGGACACGCAUGGCGAGCGGCUACAUGGAGCGGCAGCAACUCCUCAACUUUGUGGUCCGGGCGGAGGUGGAGGACGAAGUCGAAGAGGAGGAGAUGCCGGCCACUGAGAAGGACCUGGCCGAGGACGCUCCCUGGAAGAAGAUCCAGCAGAACACCUUCACCAGGUGGUGCAACGAGCACCUUAAAUGUGUCAGCAAGCGCAUCAUGGACCUGCAGAAGGACCUGGGUGAUGGCCUCAAGCUGAUUGGACUCCUGGAGGUCCUGAGCCAGAGGAGCAUGUACCGCAAGUACCACGCCAGACCCAACUUCCGCCAGAUGAAGCUGGAAAACGUGUCGGUGGCGCUGGAGUUCCUGGAGCGCGAACACAUCCGCCUCGUGUCCAUAGACUCCAAAGCCAUCGUGGACGGGAACCUGAAGCUGAUCCUGGGUCUGAUCUGGACCCUCAUCCUUCACUACUCCAUCUCCAUGCCCAUGUGGGAGGAUGAGGAUGACCAGGACGCCAAGAAGCUGACCCCCAAGCAGCGUCUUCUGGGCUGGAUCCAGAACAAGGUGCCCCAGCUGCCCAUCACCAACUUCCACCGGGACUGGAGGGACGGCAAGGCCCUGGGAGCUCUGGUGGACAACUGCGCCCCCGGUCUCUGUCCAGACUGGGAGAGUUGGGAUCCGAGUCAGCCGGUGGAGAACGCCAGAGAGGCCAUGCAGCAGGCGGACGACUGGCUGGGCGUACCUCAGGUCAUCGCUCCGGAGGAGAUCGUCGACCCCAACGUGGAUGAGCACUCGGUCAUGACCUAUCUGUCUCAGUUCCCUAAAGCCAAACUGAAACCCGGCGCCCCCUUGAGAGCCAAGACCCUACAUCCAAAGAGAGCCAAAGCCUUUGGACCGGGUAUCGAACCUCGGGGGAACGUGGUUCUGAAGCCAGCAGAGUUUCUGGUGGAGACAGUAGAGGCUGGACUGGGCGAGGUUCUGGUUUAUGUGGAGGACAUGGAGGGUCACACAGAGGAGGCCAGAGUGAUUCCCAACAACGACAAGAACAGAACCUACUCCGUAGUCUACCAACCCAAAGUGGAGGGUCUUCAUAAAGUGAAGGUCCUGUUUGCGGGCCAGGACAUCGACAGGAGUCCCUUCAUGGUCCACGUCUCCAAAGCCAUGGGCGAUGCCACGCGGGUUCAGGCCCGUGGUGUGGGACUGCAGCACUUGGGAAACGUAGCCACCAAGCCCACGUACUUCGAUAUUUACACAGCCGGUGCUGGCGCCGGAGAUGUGGGCGUGGUCAUCGCAGAUUCAAAUGACCGCAGGGACACGGUGGAGGUAGUCCUGGAGAACAAAGGGGACAGCGUCUUCCGUUGCACCUACGUUCCUGUCCUGGAGGGGCCACACACGGUCUACGUAACCUUUGCCGGUCAGCAGAUUCCCAGGAGCCCCUUCCCAGUCCACAUUGCUGAAGCCUGCAAUCCGCACGCCUGCAGGGCAUACGGCCGAGGUCUGCAGCCCAAAGGUCUGAGAGUGAACCAAGUGGCGGAUUUUAAAGUUCACACCAAAGGAGGCGGCAGCGGCGAGCUCCGAGUCACGGUGAAGGGUCCAAGCGGCCUGGAGGAGCCAGUGAAGGUGGUCGAGGUGGACGGCGGCCCCUAUGGGUGUAGCUAUUAUCCCGUCGUGACAGGAAGUUACAUCAUCACCAUUACCUGGGGGGGUCACAGCAUUCCACGCAGCCCCACUUUGGUCUACGUGAGCGAGGAGGCGGGGCCUCAGAAAGUGCGGGCCUGGGGUCCCGGCCUGGAGACGGGAAUGGUGGGAAAGAGCGCCGACUUCGUGGUGGAAGCGAUCGGGACAGAGGUGGGAACGCUGGGGUUCUCCAUCGAGGGUCCGUCCCAGGCCAAGAUCGAAUGCGACGACAAGGGCGACGGGUCAUGUGACGUGAGGUACUGGCCCACCGAGCCGGGCGACUAUGCCAUUCACGUCAUAUGUGACGACGAGGACGUCAAAGACAGCCCCUUCAUGGCGCACAUCCUGCCCGCCGCCACCGACCUCCACCCAGAGAAGGUGAAGUGCUACGGGCCGGGCCUCGACCCCGUCGGCUGCAUCGUCAACAAGCCGGCCCAUUUCACCAUCGACACCCGAGGAGCCGGCAGAGGCCAGCUGAGGCUCUACGCUCAAGAUGCCGAAGGGGGCCCCAUCGACGUGGACAUGCGGGACAACGGCGAUGAGACCUUCCUGUGCGUCUACGUCCCCACAAAGCCCAUCAAGCACACCAUCAUCAUCACGUGGGCGGAGGUCAACAUCCCCAACAGCCCCUCCAGGGUCACCAUCGGCGAGGGCAGCCAUCCGGAGAACGUGAAGGUCUACGGUCCCGGAGUCGAAAGAAGCGGACUGAAGGCCAACGAGCCGACCUACUUCACGGUGGACUGCAGCGAGGCGGGCCAGGGCGACGUCAGCAUCGGCAUCAAGUGUGCGCCGGGUGUGGUCCGACCCGCCGAGGCCGACAUCGACUUCGACAUCAUAAAGAACGACAACGACACGUUCACGGUGAAGUACACGCCCCCGGGGUCCGGCCAUUACACCAUCAUGGUGGUCUUCGCUGACCAGGAAAUCCCAAUCAGCCCCUUCAGAAUAAAAGUGGAUCCUUCCCAUGACGCUGCUAAAGUGAGAGCGGAAGGACCAGGACUCAACAAGUCGGGAGUGGAAGCGGGAAAGCCCACCCACUUCACCGUGUACACCAAAGGAGCCGGCAAAGUCCAACCCCAAGUCCACUUCCUCAGCGCCGCCAAGGGCGACGCCGUGCGCGACGCCGUGCGCGACUUUGAGAUCAUCGACAACCACAACUACUCCUACACGGUCCGCUACACGGCGGUCCAACAGGGUAGCUUGUCCAUCACGGUGCUUCACGGGGGGGACCCCAUCCCCAAAAGUCCAUUUCACCUCACCGUGGCUCCGCCUCUCGACCUCAGCAAGAUCCAAGUUCACGACCUUGAGAAGAAGGUGGAUGUCGGAAAGGACCAGGAGUUCCGCAUCAGCACUUUGAGGGCCGGGGGUCAAGGCCAGCUGGAUGUGAAGAUCAUUUCUCCAUCUCAUCGACCAAUCCCGUGCAAGGUGGAGUCGGGUGCAGCCAAUGAGAUGCAUUCCGUCAGGUACAUUCCGCCGGAGGAGGGGCCCUACACUGUGGACAUCAGCUACGACGGGAACCCCAUCCCGGAAAGUCCGUUGGCGGUGGAGGGCGUCCUGCCCCCCGAUGCCUCCAAGGUGCGAGCCUACGGUCCAGGUCUUCAGGGAGGCGUGGUGGGAAAACUGGCCCCGUUUGCCAUCGACACCAAGGGAGCCGGCACCGGCGGGUUGGGCCUGACGGUGGAGGGGCCCUGCGAGGCCAAGAUUGAAUGCCAGGACAACGGGGACGGUUCCUGCUCCGUGUCGUACCUGCCCACUGAGUCUGGCGAGUAUGCCAUCAACAUCCUGUUCGCUGACCGGCACAUCCCCGGGUCACCCUUCAAGGCGGCGGUCCAGUCCAUGUUCGACCCCAGCAGAGUGACGGCCAGCGGUCCCGGAUUAGAGCGCGGGAAAGUCAAUGAGGCCGCAUCCUUCCUGGUGGACUGCUCCAAAGCCGGGGAGGCGGAGCUUACCAUCGAGAUCAUCUCAGAGUCCGGGUCCAAAGCCAAGGUUCAUGUGGAGAACAACGGGGACGGAACCUACGCCAUCACCUAUACCCCACAGCUCCACGGCGUAUAUGCGAUCACCGUCAAGUAUGGAGGCGUGCCGGUGCCGCAGUUCCCCGCCCACCUGCGGGUGGAACCGGUCCUGGACGUCAGCGGGGUCCAGGUCUAUGGACCUGGGGUGGAACCCAGAGGAGUCUUGAGAGAAGUGGGCACGCAUUUCACCGUGGACGCCAGAAGUGUUUACAAGAGCAGCGGCGGCCAUGUUAAAGUCUUUAUUUCCAACCCGUCGGGCGCCAACACGGACGCCUUCAUCACAGACAAGGCUGAUGGCACGUGCCGCGUGGAGUACACGCCCUUCGAGGACGGACUGCAUCUCAUCAACGUGUCAUGCGAUGAUGGCGUCCUACCCAAGAGUCCGUUCAGGGUGUUGGUGACUGAAGGUUGUGAUCCGAGUCGAGUGCAAGCCUACGGGUCGGGUCUGGAGGAGGGUCUGGUCAGCAAACCCAACCAGUUCACAGUGGAGACCAGGGGUGCCGGCACAGGUGGUCUUGGCCUGGCCAUCGAAGGCCCCUCGGAAGCAAAGAUGUCCUGUAAGGACAACAAAGAUGGCAGCUGCAGCGUGGAGUACAUUCCUUUCAGUCCCGGAGAGUAUGAUGUCAAUGUCACUUUUGGAGGAAUUCCAAUUCCAGGGAGUCCAUUUCGAGUCCCAGUGCGAGAGCUGAUUGAUCCCACGAAAGUGAGGUGUUCUGGACCAGGUCUUGGAAGUGGAGUCCGUGCUCACGUCUGUCAGACCUUCACAGUGGACAGCAGCAAAGCUGGUGUAGCCCCUUUGGAGGUCCAGAUCUUUGGCCCCACAGGUGUCGCAGAACCUGUCAGCGUUAAAGAUAACGGGGGAGGGUCUCACACGGUCAACUACACUCCGGCCAAUGACGGCCCGUACACCGUGAGCGUCAAAUAUGCUAAGCAGGACGUCCCUCGAAGUCCAUUCAAGAUCAAGACCCUGCCUGCUCACGAUGCCAGCAAGGUCCGUGCCGACGGUCCUGGUCUGAACUCAUCCGGCAUUCCCGCCAGUCUACCGGUGGAGUUCACCAUCGACGCCCGAGAUGCCGGUGAAGGACUACUCACGGUUCAGAUUCUGGGUCCAGACGGGUGCGGGCGCCAGGCCUCAGUGUUUGUGCAGGACUGGGCCACCCGCGUGUGGGAGUCCCAUAUAGUCAAGAAAACCAUCCCGUUCUCCAUUCUUAAGAGAGGCCGCGACCCCGAGGGGAAGCCCAAGAAGGCAAACAUCUGGGACAAUCGGGACGGGACCUACACCGUGUCCUACGUCCCGGACAUGACGGGACGCCACACCAUCACCAUCAAGUACGGCGGGGACGAGAUCCCGUACUCGCCCUACCGCAUCCACGCCAUUCCCACGGGGGACGCCAGCAAGUGUCACGUAACAGUGUCCAUCGGAGGACACGGCUCAGGAUCCGGGGUGGGUCCGACCAUCCAGAUCGGAGAGGAGACCGUAAUUACGGUGGACGCCAAGGCUGCUGGGAAAGGCAAGGUCACCUGCAAGGUUUCCACCCCCGAUGGCGCCGAGCUUGACGUGGACGUGGUGGAAAAUGCCGACGGAACGUUUGACGUUUAUUACACGGCGCCAGAGCCCGGGAAGUAUGUGAUCACCAUCCGCUUCGGAGGGGAGCACAUUCCCAACAGUCCCUUCCACGUCCUGGCGACGGACGACCCCACGGUCCCCGUUAACGGGACGGAGGCCAUUCUCCGCCCCUUCAGUCUGGUCAUUCCCUUCACCGUGCAGACCGGAGAAAUCACAGGCGAAGUGCGAAUGCCGUCUGGCCGCACGGCUCGCCCGCAUAUCGCCGACAAUAAGGACGGCACCGUCACCGUCAGGUAUUCGCCCACCGAGCGUGGCCUGCACGAGAUGGACAUCAAGUACGACGGCGAACACAUCCCAGGAAGUCCGCUCCAGUUCUUUGUAGAUGCCAUUAACAGCGGUCACGUGACUGCGUACGGCCCUGGCUUGAGUCACGGCGUUACCGACACGCCAGCGACUUUCACCAUCGCUACCAAGGACGCCGGAGAAGGCGGUUUGUCUCUGGCGGUGGAAGGACCGUCCAAAGCCGAGAUCAGCUGCAAGGACAACAAAGAUGGCACCUGCACCGUGUCCUACCUGCCCACGGCCCCCGGCGACUACAACGUCAUCGUCAAGUUUGACGACGAGCACAUCCUUGGCAGCCCGUUCAGCGCCAAGAUCACCGGCCACGCCCCUCUUGCCUCGUCCCGGCUCAACGUCGGCACGGAAACCGACAUCUCUUUGAGGAUCGCAGAGACCGACCUGAGCAGUCUGACGGCGAUCAUUCAAGCUCCUUCCGGAAGCCAGGAGGCGUGUGUCCUCAAGAGACUUCCCAACAGACACAUCGGAAUCUCGUUCACGCCGAAGGAAGUGGGCGAGCACGCGGUGAGCGUGAAGAAGGGAGGGAAACAUGUGACCAACAGCCCGUUUAAGAUCAUGGUGGCCCAGUCGGAGAUUGGCGAUGCCAGCAGGGUGAAAGUGUUUGGACCGGGCCUGGUGGAGGGGCGCACUUUUGAGGUGGCCCACUUCAUGGUGGACACCAGGACCGCCGGUUACGGGGGUCUGGGGCUGUCCAUUGAGGGUCCCAGCAAAGUGGACAUCAACUGCGAGGAUGAGGAGGACGGCACGUGUCGUGUCACCUACUGUCCCACGGAGCCCGGGAACUACAUCGUCAACAUCCGCUUUGCAGACCAGCAUGUCACAGGAAGUCCUUUCACCAUAAAAGUGUUUGGCGAGGGCAGAAUGAAGGAGAGCAUCACCAGGAAGCGCCAGGCGCCCGCCAUCGCAACCGUGGGCAGCACCUGUGACCUCAACCUCAAAAUCCCAGGCAACUGGUUUCAGAUGGUGUCGGCGCAGGAGCGCCUCACGCGCACCUUCACGCGCAGCAGCCACACUUACACGCGCACCGAGCGCACAGAGAUCAGCAAGACCCGCGCCGGCGAGACCAAGCGGGAAGUGCGCGUGGAGGAGAGCACGCAGGUCGGUCAGCCGUUCCGAGACGUCUUUGAGGACUUUCUAGAACGGGACGGUCUGAGCAGCUUCGGCGGGAGGUCCCCACUGCACCAGGGUGAGGACACCAACCAGGAGAUGACGGCGCAGGUGACGAGUCCCGGCGGUAAGUGUGAGGACGGCGAGAUUAUCCGAGGCGAGGACAGCAGGUACAGCGUGCGCUUCGUGCCCCAGGAGAUGGGGGCGCACGUGGUCAGUGUCAAAUACCGAGGACAGCACGUCCCCGGGAGCCCCUUCCAGUUCACUGUAGGACCCCUGGGAGAGGGAGGGGCCCACAAGGUGCGAGCGGGCGGCACGGGUCUGGAGCGAGCCGUGGCCGGCAUGUCAGCCGAGUUCAGCAUCUGGACCAGAGAGGCCGGAGCGGGUGGGCUGUCCAUUGCAGUGGAGGGGCCCAGCAAGGCGGAGAUUACCUUUGAGGACCGUAAGGAUGGUUCCUGCGGGGUCUCCUAUGUUGUCCAGGAGCCUGGUGAUUAUGAGGUCUCCAUUAAAUUCAACGAUGAGCACAUCCCAGACUCCCCCUUCGUUGUCCCGGUGGCGACCUUGUCUGACGACGCCCGCCGCCUCACCAUCACCAGCCUUCAGGACUCUGGCUUGAAGGUGAACCAGGAAGCGUGCUUCGCCAUACAGCUAAAUGGAGCUCGAGGCCUGAUCGACGCCAAGAUCCACGCGCCUUCUGGCGCCACUGAGGACUGCUUCAUCACCCCAGCGGACAGUGUUGAGAUACCUGGGUCCUCUGCAGUAGAUCUUGGCACGUCAUGCAUAAAUCACCACGCCAUCAGGUUCGUCCCCAAAGAGAAUGGCGUCCAUUCCAUCGACGUCCGCUUCAACGGGAGCCAUGUGCCCGGAAGCCCCUUCAAAAUCCGAGUAGGAGAACCUGGUCAAGCGGGAGACCCCAGCAAGGUCUCAGCCUCCGGGCCGGGCCUGGAGGGCGGAACCACAGGCGUGGCCUCGGAGUUCAGCGUGAACACUUGCAAUGCCGGUUGCGGCGCUCUGUCAGUGACCAUCGAUGGCCCGUCCAAAGUCCAGAUGACCUGUCAGGAGUGCUGUGAUGGCUAUCGGGUCUCUUACACGCCAACGGCCCCCGGAAACUACCUGAUCUCCAUCAAGUACGGAGGAGCCCAGCACAUUGUUGGGAGCCCCUUCAAGGCCAAAGUCUCAGGCCCUCGCCUCUCCGGGGGUCCGAGUCUUCACGAAACAUCAUCUGUUCUUGUGGAAACUGUAACAAAGUCGUCUGCUGCGGCCGCUGCCUUUGCCUCGUUGCCCAAAUUCUCCUCGGAUGCCAGUAAGGUGGUCUUAAGGGGCGUCGGCCUGUCCAAGGCCUUUGUGGGCCAGAAGAACUUGUUCACGGUGGACUGCGGCAAAGCAGGAACCAACAUGUUGAUGGUCGGCGUGCACGGGCCCAAAGCCCCCUGCGAAGAGGUCUACGUCAAGCACGCGGGCCACAGGUUGUACAAUGUGACGUACACGGUCAAAGAGGUGGGCAGCUACAUCCUCAUCGUAAAAUGGGGCGACGACCACGUCCCCGGGAGCCCUUUUCACGUCACUGCGCCUUGAAGGUGGAGUCUCGCUCCCGACUCUGCCCGAUCCAUUUCCACUUCCUGUUUUGACUGGCCCAAACUGUCAUGGUUUUGAGGUGCUUAGGGGUACCGCCCAACUCCGUCAGACAUCAUGGAACUGACCUUUGGAAAGAAAGACCGUGCUAAACCUGUUUAUUCUCAGAGAAAAAGACUUGAUGAGUCAAGCGACUCCUUUGACUCCUUUGACUCCUUUGACUCCUUUGACUCCUUUGACUCCUUUGACUCCUUUGACUCCUUUGACUCCUUUGACUCCUUUGACUCCUUUGACUCCUUUGACUCCUUUGACUCCCUGACUCGCUGCUGGAGUGACGCAUCUGAUAAAACAUAAAACAUUCUCAUAACGACACGCUGUCAUGGCUUCUUGGGCGGGGUCUUAUUCCAGGAAGUAGCAUUUGUCCUGCAGGGGCGCCAAACUACCACACGUUGAAAUAUCCGUACACUUCAUUUGUCACUUCCUUCCAUCCUUC